AUCGAUAACGAUAGUACUUCGAGUGCUGCCGAAAAUAAAAAUUGAUUUGCAUUUCUUCUCGGCUUUAAAUAUAUUAAAUGUUGUUGUUUCCGCACCGAAAAAAUCAUAAAUCGUAUAUGAACACCACUGCUAAAUCGAAAUAAAUUAGAACAAUUGAAUUGAACUGCCAAAAACUAGAACGUAUGUGAAGCGUGUGUGCCGUAUAUGCCCAGCGAUAAGGACAAAAAACGGAUAAAAGAAAGCUUUCACGAAAGAAAGUAAAGAACAUACAUUUUACUAAAGUAAGAAAAAAAAACAACGAAACGCGUGUGCCGCGAGUAUUGGCGAAAGUCGCAACAAAAAAGUGUAUGUCAAAUAUGAAAAUGUGGCUCCACCAGCGAUAACGGUACUCCAAUGUGCUUUUUUGCACUCACACAGAAGCCUACCGCACACGCACACCACCACAACUGCCAAAAAGCGAAUCCUGCCCAACAGCCGCACCUAUAAAAGUGGGCGUGGGUAGAGACAAGUUACUGUAACCAAUUUGCAAAUAGUGAUGUACGCUUAUUGUUUAAACAAAUUCAAGCUGUCCUAAUCAAAUACCUUUGCGAAUUCCAAUACACACCUAUACACACAUGCCCACGCAGCGAGAGGAGAGAAAGAAGUAAAGGAAGCCAAAGGACAGGAUAGAAAAGCAAGAGGAAGAACGAAGCAGCAUCGGCGCGUUGGAGAAAUGUGCGGAAAGAGAAGAUUGAAAAUAAACGUGUAGUAGAGAAUUUUUGAGACACUCGCACGCACACCUCCUACACUCUUUCUCUCUCUGUCUCUCCGCUUAUACCAUUUGCCGCCUACACACACCUACACCUACCUAAGCAGACAUACGUGCGCUCUCGAAUCGCGAAAAGCGUGAGCUUUGUUGUUGCCUCUUCCACUCCCUCGCUCUCAGAGGCGCUCCCGUGUUGUUUUUGUUGUUGUUGCCGCUUAGCAAAUGGCAGACCCUCUAAGCGGGCGCCGCUGGUGAUAACAUGUCGUAAUGGCCAGAGAGGAGUCUCGCGGCAAGAGACCACUGAAAAUCUGGGACAGCUGGCGGAAUGUGCGCAAGGGCGUCGUAGUUGGGACCUUCGAGGAGCUCUUGGUCCGCGGCAAGGAUAAGCUGGGGGUUCCUGCUUCAGAACCGGUGCGCGUUGUUCUGGAGUGUGAUGGAACCCAAAUCGAGGACGGCGAAUACUUUCGCACCCUGGCCAACAAUACGGUGCUGCUGCUGUUAAGACAGGGCGAGCGCUGGUAUCCCACUGGCGUCGAUGUCAUAAAGGCUGCCAUAUCAGCUAUACCGAAAAUCGUCUGUGAGACGAUUCAUGCGCUGGAGUUGCACGAUGAGACACCGUCGUGGAAGAUCAUGGAUAACAAAGGGCGUGUCACGGUCGUUCUGCACUGGGAUCAGCGGCAGGGAGGAGGAAGCGGCGGUGGAGGAGGCGGUGGCGCCGGCGGCGGAGUGGGAAGCAUGUGCUCCGGCCUGGGCAGCAGCAAUGGGCUGCUGUCGUCCGACAAGUACUCGCCCUCAAAGAAGGGUCUCUCCGCACAGAGUUCGCUUGAUAACAAGUCGGUGUCGUCGCAGUCCUCCCAGCCGCGCUAUGCCAGCCCUCAAAUAACGGUGAUCAGUGACGACGGACCGGCGAGCAUUUACCAUCCCGGUGGUGUUGUUCUGCCGCCAGGAGUUGUGAUACCAGGCGGCAGCAGGCGACUCUCCAAGCAGGGAAGCUCCUUCGACAGCACCGUGGGUGUGGGCGUGGGAGCGGUGCACGUGCACACGCCAGAAUGCGCCCACCACGCCCACACGCCAAGCAGGGCGGGCAGUCCAAGCACUACCGAGUGCGACUUUCACUGCUGUGCACUGCACGAGGAGGGGCGCAAGAUCGCUGUGCACAAGAGCGUGGCCACGUCGCCCAUUCAGGACGGAAGCAGCAGUCCCCAGCCGCAGUCGGCACCAUCGGUUAUGGAUCCUAUGCUGGGCGGCAGCGGUGGCGGCGGAAGCGGUAGCAUGCAACGGCGCUCGUCGGGCGCCAAGGGCCACGUUCGAUUCCUGGACAUCGCCCCCGAGCGGGAUAGCUCCGAGAGCGAAACGGAGAACACGGUGAUGGAGGACGACAAGACGACGACGGAGAAGUUUCUGCUGCUGAUCGACCAGUUGUCGGUGGACCAGAAGCGUCACCUCAGCAUCAAAGACAUCGGCAUCAUACUGGAACGCCUCAACUCCAAGAUCCUUGACGUGGAGCGAUUGGAUCGCGAGUCCGAGUCGGACGACUGCUACAACUGGACGAUAAAGGCGACAAUACGCGGCGAUGCGCUGCGCGAACUGGGCGUCAUUUACAAUGGCAACUACUAUGCCAUCUCUGAACAUCCUGGCUACAAGGAGGAGCUAGAGGAGAACGGCGAGGAGGUCGAGGAGGAGGAGGAAGAGGAUGAGGAAGACAGAAUUUAGAGUACCCAUGACGGGCAGACGGGCUAACCCACAGGUUAACGACUGUCCCACGUUGGGCGCCACAGAAGGUAUCAAUAAACUAGCGCAUUUUACAGAAACCAAAACGAAAAAAUGAAAAAACCAAAAAUAGGAGUAGCCCAGCAGAUCGAUACAAGAACACUCACACACACAAACACACACCAACAUGCAUACAUAUAUACAUAUAUACUAAUAUAAAAUAAUUACGAGAAUAUAAUAAUGCAAGUCGCACAUUGUACAAUAGUGAAGUAAGCGUAAACGUGAAUUAUAAAAAGGCGAAAGCAAAGCAGCCACACACCCAGAAACACACACACCCAUGCCCACAACAACAGCAACAGGCGCGAACCACUUAAACGCAGUUUUUGUAGCAUUUGGCCAGAAUUCUCAUUAACGGGGACCGCCGUUACAAUAAGGAGCAUUGCUGUUUGGAGACGUUGAGGCGACGUGCUGCACCGUCUGCAGCUAGUUUAACGAACUCAAAAUUGGUUAAAUUUGAAUUCAACUCCCCGAAAUUCAGCCCACAGAUCAGUUGCUAGCCCCAGUACCAGACAUACUUGUGUUGUUAUCGUUGUUGUACAAUAGAUGUUCCGUGUUCCGUUGUGAUUGUGUGCCAAAAUAGCCUUAUUUAGUUGGAUAGCCCCACACACAGACUGCCACUCAAGUCAGGAAAUCUAAUCUAGCCCCAAAGACUAUAAGUUGUGAAAGAGAUAUAGAUAACAGAGACUAUAAAAUGUUGUUGCCAGAAAAACGAUGAUGACGGGGUAACAGUAAUUCGUUCGGUCUCUCGUUUCCAAUGUAGUAAGUUCCUCAUUUUUAUUGGCUUUUGACCCCCACCCCGCAUUUGUAUAGUUCCUGGACAGCGUAACUCUCUGUUGGAGGCCUAUUAUUUGUUGAUCUUGUUGCAUUUCUGCCCCCAAAGAAAAAAUUCCGGAAAUCAUCCGCAUCAGCAUGUAAAACUGCCGUUAUUUGUAGUGUUGUCAAACGUUCAACAAAUCGCGCACAAUGUUAAAUUUAAACACAAUGAAUAGAAACAAUAAGCAAGACGCUCGAUGCUCGCCAAAUGCCUGACGACAGACUAAAAUAUGUGUAGUAGAUAUAGACCGCCCCCCUCGCGUGGCCUCCAGAAUCAGCCGUAGAUCCAUUGGGAGUAUCUAUCAGAAAAUAUCACACGAUCGCAAUCGAAAUCGCAAUUGAACAAUGCGUAAAAGCGAAAACACUGCCAACAUCGCCAUUAGCAUUUGCACCUGCAUCCACAUUCGUUGGGUUAGGCUUUCGACUUCCGGAACUUUGACUGUUCCAUACGGGUAUCAAGCAAUCGGGAUAAAUUGAGAGAGCACUGGGUUGGAGGAUUCUUGGCAAGGACAUGGGAAGUUCAAGCGAUGGACUUGCCAAAUCUGUGAAUAUACUAUCGAAAGAAAGAAUUUGUUUUAAUCAUUGGAAGAAUGUGGUUUCUCACUUAGUGAACUGCAAGUUUACCUAAUCAUUCUCUGAAUUGCUUGAAUUUAUUAUGCUCCAAACAUUUGUUAAGUAUCGUAAAAACGUAAUUCGACUUGUUUGGAUAAUGCUAUUAUAGACUUGUUUUUACUUUCCUCAAACGUUGCAAACGUAGCUGGUCUACGUUGCUAGUCACUAUGUCCUUGAUUAGAUCUGUGUGCAUUCGAUUUAGGAACUUCCGCUGCGCAAUCAGAUACUUAGACAUUGCUGAGAUCAGCCAACACUGUACUCCCAUCUAACCAAAACUAACUAAAAUCGAAUACGGAAUCGAGAAGCGGAAAAAGAAAGCGACUUUUAAAAGACAUUUGUUCAAGGCACAAAACUUAAGCAUUGAAGCGAAAAAAAUUAAAUGAAAAACUAGUAUGUAUAAAUGAAAAUUGAAAUUGAUAAUUGAUUGAUAACGAUAAUAAAUAAAAAGAUAGUGGAAAAAGGAGAGACGAGCAGGCGAUGAAGAAGAGCGUUAAACGAGAACUCAUAAUUAGCGAGACGAAAAAGAAAUUAAUUAGCGUUGUUUUAAUUUAUUAGUAAGUCGAGAACGGAACGACAAGCGACCCAAAACUCGACGAUGAAUAUAUCUCCAUGUGUAUGUAUGUAUGAUUAAAGGACGGAGUACGAGGGAGGGGAGUCGAGUUAUAGUGGUUGAGGAAGGUAGAACGGAAAUACCUAUGCAUAACAUAGUUAUAAGAAGGGAACUCGCAAUACGAUGGUAACUCAACUUCCAAACCGAUACAGACUUCUUCAGCUGACUUCCAUAAUCAUAAUCAUUGUUAACACUUAACUAUAGAGAAUAACGCUUUAAACAAACAAACAGACACUUACACGGACCUUGGUUGCGGUUGAGUUAGUUAGGUUCUGUUACAUCCCGAGGCGCCACUUCAGUCCGGGACCACUACAGUCACCAGGCUCCAGAUCCACAUCCAGUGCCUCAUCCUGGCAUCCUAACCCGCCCUGCCCUUCCCUGCCCCUCCACUCAGACUCGUCAUCACACACUCUGUGUAAAUGCAAUCAGUUAGAUUUAUAAGAUGAAUAACAAGUCAACACGAAUGUAAGACAUCCCCAGAAGGCAUUAAUUAAGCUACGAAUUUGCAAAUAAUACUCAUAGAGCGCGAGUCGAGGCAGAAGAUGCAACAUCAUGCGUUACAUUGUUUUAAUAUGCGAAUUACGAUAAAUUGAUCAAUUAACAUAUACAUACAACAAAGAGCAAACAAA